ACGUAACGUCAUGUAACCCGGCCGCACAACUCGUCCAGCAUCAUCUCCUACGCGCCUUCUUCUGCGCAUACGAGGCACACGUUGGUCACAUCAUUGAGCGCUUCCUCGAUUUUUGCAGAGCAGUAGUCAGCAUAGGCCUCGAGAUGCCGUUAUUGUCAUGGCCUCACCCUCCCACUCUGCCUCGGUGUCACGCUCAGUGAGCUCCGGCAGCCUUCCCUCGCGCCAUGCUUCACCCGCCAUUCACCUUUCACCCGCUGAACAAGAGAAGGAGGCGCUAGUACGCGCAGCCAUUGAUGCUGGCGAUGUCGAUACCCUCGUGCAUCUUGCCAUGAGCGCCUCGGGCCUUGUUAGCGACAGCCUGCGUUGCACUGCUUAUUCUGAGAAGCAGCUCGAUCGCCGGAAGCAAGAGCUUUCCAAUGUCAUCAUCCAUGUUCUGCGCCAACAUCCAGCCCUGUGCUACUUCCAGGGCUACCACGAUAUUGUACAGGUCUUCCUACUCGUCCUCGGCCCCGAAGAUGCCCCCACCGCCGUCGCCCGCCUAAGCCUCCUCCGCAUCCGCGACUUCAUGCUGUCGUCGCUCGAGCCUGCACUCGCUCAGCUCGAGCUACUCCGUCCCAUCCUCCGCGCCGCCGACCCCAGUCUGUACCACCACUUACGCGGAAGCCAGCCUACAUUUGCGCUCGCGGGUACCAUGACCAUGUUCGCUCACAACAUAGAAGAUUAUAAAGACAUUACUAGGCUGUUUGACUUCUUCUUGGCGGGACAUGCUGCCAUGCCGAUAUACUUUUUUGCGGCUGUCGUGCUCUCCAAGAGGGAGAAGCUGCUAGCUGAAGACGAUGAAGAUAUGCUCUACGUCACGUUGGGCAGGCUUCCAGCCCAUUUUGACGUCGAGUUUCUCAUUGCACGCACCGUCGAGUUGUAUGAGAGGCUCCCACCUGCCUCGCUGGACGGUUAUGAAUGGUGGUGGAUCUCGUCUUCCAGUGUGCUCAAGUCGUCGGCUACGACCACUAGGCUGCGACAACUCACGCUGGAAGAUGGCGAGAGGUAUUUCGCCAAACAGGAGAGGGAUCUUCAACGAGAGCAGUCUCGGAAACGUGCACUCAAAAAGAUGCAGUAUAUGAGGCUACGUCUUUGGUACUACCGCCGGUAUGGAGCUGUUGCUCUGGCCGUCGCAGUGGGCGCAUACGCGCUGUGGCUUGGUAAGAAUGGAGACAUCAGCAAGCGUUAUCCAAUGUUUAAUUCUCUGGGUCAUUUCGUGUGGAGAUAUCUUGGUGGAUCAGCAUAA